AUGUGUCAACGAAGUUCAUAUCAAAUAUUUGAUCGUUCACCAAUAUCAGCAGUAACAAUUAAAGUAAAGCCAUCAUCAGAUUGUUCCAAGAAUUCAUCUAUAAUGCGUUUUUUUCCAAAUUAUCAUUGUGAACAAUCAUUAUAUGAUGUAAAUGAUUUUAUUAUACCAGCAACAGAAAAUUCUGCUGUAUCAAUAACAACUCGUGUGAUAGAAAUAGAACAUGUAUUAAGACUUUGUGAUACUACAGCAAGAAGAAAACAUUCAAAUAAAUAUUCAUCAUUUAAUAUAACAUCAAUACAUGAAUGUUAUGAACAAAAACGUUGUCUUUUACCACCAUUAUACCGUUAUGAAUAUGAAAAUGAAAAAAUUAUUAAAAAACCACAAUUAUGCUGGUUUAAAUUACCAACAGCAGCAAGUAAAAGAAAUUAUCGAGCACUAAAUUAUAUUUUAUUUAUAAAACAUUUUGUUGAAUUUCCUCAACUUGGUCUUAUACGAGAUAAUCUCGUAGCAAAUAAAAUAAAACCAAAAUAUAUUGAUACAUGUGAAUAUCAUCCAAAAUAUCAUCCAUUAUGUCCAAAAUUUCGUAUAUUAAAAAUAUUAGAAAUGAUUGAAACAAAUCCAGAAGAAUAUGAAGCUAUGUUUUUUUAUGGUUCAUUAAUUGAAAUAAAAAUUAAUUGGAAAUGUAAUCUUGAUAGACGUUUAGAAUAUUGUCAACCACAUUAUGAAUUCCAACGUUUAGAUAUUCAACCAUAUAGAGAAAAUCCUUAUGAUCCUGGUUCAAAUUUUCUUACAUCAAGAUAUUAUUUUCGACCAAACGAAAGUGCAUUACAUCGUAUACAUACAAAAAUAUAUAAUUUGCAUAUAAUCGUUUCUGUAACAGGUGAAGUUGGAAGAUUUGAUUUAUUUCAAACAACAACAAGUAUUGGCUCAUUUCUUGGUAUAUUUGGUACAGGAACAAUUGUCUGCGAUUUUGUAGCUGCUUUUUUUACGAAUUUUAAAAAUCUCAAAUAUGAUAUUUGA